GAUCUCAAUAAUUGUGAUUUACUCAUCAUAAUGGGUACUUCGUUAACUGUGUUACCAUUCUGUGCUAUGAUCCAUCGUGUUGGUAAUGAUGUCCCGCGACUCUACAUUAAUCGAGAAUAUAACGAUGGAUCUACAGAGCCUUAUUUCAAAUCAAAGCUGUCUGGAUUUUACUCAUGGUUUACUACGAGCCAUGUGACUGGUCUGAUGGUACUGGCAAAAAUAAGCGACUCGAUAUGGGACAUAAAUAAAUUAGCAACAAUAGAUAUGGGUGAUUCGAUAACUUCUCCAUUCGUUUUUUGAUAUACAGUACCAAUGAAGGUGAACAACGUUGGAAUGAAGUAUAGUUUGAGAGAUUUUAUGAAUGAUCUAAUGCUUAAAGGACAUCUACAUAGUAUUAUCAUCUAUUUAUUUUCUGCACUACUUCAUAUUACAAAUUAUACAUUUUUCACAAUCACCAUCAUAGAUACAAGUGAAAAUACUGAAAUAAACAGAACAUGACAUUGUCAUAUUCCAACCUAUUAUGACUUUUAUUGCGCUAAAAAUAUUCUGCUUUGUUUCCUUUAUACUAUUCAAACUUAUUAAUUAAUUUCCGUUACUAACUUAUUUACUCUGAAAAAGUGACUUACACUAAUUCGCGAAAUGUUAGAAACACAGAUUUCUACUAAUUUGGACAUCAUAAAAAUAUAAUUGCUACUUAAUCAGCUAUGUUUAAUUUAUCUCUCAGUACGUCGUUUUACGUUAUUUUUAUUGAGGGUUUAUCUUCAUUCAUUAUGCGGUUUAUGGUGGCUGGUUUUAAACAGAAUUAUAUGAAAUGGGGCAGGUCUGAUAAUAAACGUGAUAUAUUUUGGUCGGGUAACGCUGAUGAUGGUGUAGUCAAAAUAUCAGAACUUCUUGACUGGAAGGAUGAUCUUUUGAGAUUAAAAGAGGAGACGGACUCUCGCUUAAAUGAAGAGUUUAUAGCAAAGAAAUCCCAUGACAAAAUUCUGACAAAAUCAGUGGGCAAUGAUUAAAUUGUUUUAUUCAUUCUGUCAUUCUGAUAGACUGAACUGAUUAUCAACGUGGAAUGUGAUCUUACUGACCUUCCUGUUUUUUAUAUCUUCUGAAUUUAUUUUAAAUAGAGUAUCUAUGGCAUUU